AGAUUUUUUGAAGAAUGUUGGUAACCAAUCCGUUUUGGUGCCCAUUGACUUCCAUUGUAUGGCCCAAAAAAAACCCAAAAAAAACAACAACAACAACAACCACACUACCACUGAGACAUUUCUAAAAAUAUUUUUCUUUUACGUUCCACAGAAGAAAGUCGAUCAUACAGUUUCGGAACAAUACGAGGGUGAGUAAAUGAUGACAGAAUUUUCAUUUUUGGCUGAACUAUCCGUUAAGUGCUUAUCAAUUACAGCACGAGGAAAGGAGAGUCAAGUGGGAUUUCCUCAGUGAUUUGUUUGGUCUAUUUCCUUUGAACCGCAUACGCAGUCAGAACAUCUUGCUAAUUGGUUACUUCGCUAAUUAGUUUACGUGCUAUCUAGCUGCUUCCCAAAUGACAUAAAACAUUUUUUUUUUUUGGAGAGAUAGUAAAUCAACAUCAGACCAUAAACAGAUUUCCCGCAUCUGAUCAUUGAUCGGAUUCAUUUUCCGAGCCUCUGAAGGCAUGGGAACUCAAAGGUAAUGUCUAAUAUUAUGAAAAGAAAAAACCCUGUAAAUCCAUGCUGAAUGACUCACGUAUCGAUAUAUAUAAUUAACAUGUGAUCUAGCUAAAGACCACGAUCUAUCUAGAUAUCUAGCUGUGCUGAGUCUCAACUGGGUCAUCAACUAAACACAUCACAAAUAGUUUAAUAUGAGCAUAUUUAAAGUGUUUCAGGGUGGAGGUUUCCUUUCAUCCGGGUUUUUCUGUGGUAAAUAAACAUCCAGAACAUACAGGGUGCUGUCUUGUAUCUGUUGUGCAACACCGCCCUCUGUUGGACGAAUGCAUGAAUUUACGGUGCACUUCUUCAGUUUUAUCACCAAAUAUCAGUUUAAAUAUCACGUAAAGGAAACGCACACAAACCUUCAAACACAGCCUUAUCGAACAGAAGAUAUUUAAAGAAACGCUUUAUCAAUAAUUUUUUUUUAAAUAAUAAUAAAAAGGAAAGAAAUGUACAUGUGUGGGAUUUGCUAACAAGCAUUGGAAGCUUAGAGCCUCAGAAAAUACUGCUUGACUCAGCAACAACAUUUGUAAAAAUAAAAACAUAAACCACUUCCUUUUUUUUUUUAAAGAAUAAUUUUGUUAAAAAAAUUAAACAUACCAAUUGUAAUUAAUUUAGUCUGAUGCUGGUGUGGCGUGACAUCAAGCUAGUGUAUGUGCUGAGGCAGAAAGCCAUUUGACGUCAAAAUGGAGGCUGUUUUGUUUUCCCUCUGUCACGUAGCCUACUUUUAACAUCGUUAAAACCACAUAAGCAAAUCUCCAAUGUGACGUUUGAAAGGCUAAACUAGUAGCCAUCACAAUUAUUAUGUCCCAGAACCAAAAACAGAAGAAGAAUGACCUGCAAAACAAACAGGAACAAAAUGCUAACAUUCUGGAAACUUCCAUUGUUAGCUUUUGUCUAAUUGCCUUCCAGUUUAAAACUGAAGAAAUUUAAGACCCCCAAACAUGUCUCAUGACUAUUUUUGAUAGAUCAACUUUACCUUAACCUUUGUCUAUGUAGAACAGUGGUCAAAAACCCUGUUCCUGGAGCUCUACCUUACUGAAGACUUUAGCUCCAACCAUAAUGGUGCCCACCUGACCAUCUAAUCAUUGCCUCAAGAAAUUCUCGAUCAACUAAACCAGUUGUGUUAGAUUUUGGUUGGAGAUGAAACCUGCAGGAAGGUGGAUCUUCAGGAGCAGGGUUAGUGACCACUGAUGUAGAGUAACUAGUUUCAUUCCUGAAUAUGGUUUCCUUGACAACACACAGGAUGUUUGGUCCUGCAGCCUUGCUGCUAAUUCCCCAUAUUCAUUCAAUUGCACUAAUUAGUCAAUUAACAUCUCCCUAAUUAACACAGCUCUUUCUGAUUGGACCUUGAGCCUUUCAGGAUCUGUCUCAGUUCAGAUAAAGAAGCAGCACGCUAAGCUUGCUUGUUGUCUCUGUGUUUGGUGUGCUGGUUCCUAUCCUCGUCAUAUUUAGUUAAUUCCAGUCUGUAAGUAUUCUGUGGUUUUUUUUUUCUUCAGAUUUGAGUUUCUCUGAGUGUGAAAUAAUUCAUGUUCUCUGGCUUCUCCAGGGGGUUCAGCUUUCUGCAAGAUGGCCGACAAGCCUGAUGUCAGUGAGAUCUCCCACUUUGAUAAAUCCAAACUGAAGAAGACUGAGACUCAGGAGAAGAAUAUUCUUCCUACCAAAGAGGUAAUUGAACAGGAGAAGCAGAGUGACUCGUAAUGACUUGCUCCUGUUCAUCACCGAGUUCAGGUUACAAGGUUUUCAAGUUCUUUCCAUGAGCAAGAUGGCUUCUCAACCAGCAGAGCUACCUGAACAAGUUUCAAGUUGCUCCCUGAAAAUGGAUGGUGGUGAUGCUGUUAUUGAACUUGAAAUAAACUUGUAGACAUGCUGUCUGUGUUGUGCCCUUUCAUUAUGGUUUGUUUAUUUUUGAUUCAUUGCAUGAGCUUUGAUGACUCAUUCUGGUGGUACAAACAGCACUGGAAUGCUUGGCCUCCUGUUUGAUUUCAAAUUCAUGUUUCGCCACAUGAUAUGCAUGUGCUUAACGAGGGGAUGCAUUAGUUGUUGAGCAAACUGCUGUGACACGAGAAGGACCUGCACCAUCUUCUACAAUACAAAUAACCUUAUCUAAUAUCUUGGUUUUAACAGCAUCUCUAAUUGUAAGUGCAAGGAUGACCAAUUACUACCCUGGGGUGGCUGGGGCUUGGGUGGUAGAGCACGGUAUCCACUAAUGGUAGGGUUGUGGGUUUGAUUCCUGGCCCACAUGACUCCACAUGCUGAGGUGUCCUUGUGCAAGACACUGAACCCCCAGUUGCUCCUGCUGGCAAGUUAGUGCCUUGUGCUAGUGUAAGAUGCUUUAAGUGUGCCAUCUACCUGAGCAGUAUCAGUGACUGGUUAUUUAAGUGUUCUGGGAGAAACAUUCAAGGUGGAAAGAAGUGGUGGUACUGUAUUACUGUAAUGUAUUUUUCUUGCAUCAUGUCAUAAAAUGUUUACCACAAUAAACUUAAAUGAUUCAAGACCCACUAGGUUUUUAUACCCUGGGUGUAAAAGACCCACAAUGUUCCAGAGAAGCUGGA